AUGGAGAUCGCAAGCACGGCAAUCAGCGUGAUUGGAUUGGCGUCUCUCUUCAGCACUUGCAUCGAAACACUUGAUACACUUUCAUCUGCAGCAAGAUAUGGGGUCAACCGAGAGAUCCUGCAAACAAGAAUAGAAGUCGAGCGACUCCGACUUAGAGUUUGGGGAGAGUCUGUCGGGCUCGCUAAGAUUAACCCCGAGAGCAAAGAGAGCGAGAUUACUGAAAAGGAUCUUGCCGUUUUAGACGAGUCGAUUCGGAGCAAUACGUUGCGUCCAGCGGUGGCAGGAUUAUUAACUUGCUUUGCGCACUAUUUUGAGGACAUAGAAGAGCUACAGAAACGCUAUGGCCUUACUCCCCGACGUGAAGGCCGAAGAAAGAGCCCCGCUCCGGAUAAGACCCCAACAAGGGGAACGCUAUUAUUCAAGUUCCAGAAAACGUACUUGCGAUUCCAAGAGCGGACAUCGGAGGUCCAGAAAAAGACAUCACCAUUAAAGAAAGCUGUGUGGGCUGUGACAGAUGAACGCAAAUUCAGAGCUCUCCUUGCUGAGAUCAAGGCCAUUAAUGAUUCUUUGGUAUCACUGCUGCCGGCUAUUGGAGAAGCGUUAAGGGUCCGAAUGCGCUCCGAAAUCAUGAAAAACAAAGACGUUGGCCAGCUCCAAAAUAUUGUGAACGCUGCGGAGGAUAUUACGGGUCUCAUUGCGGAGACAGCUAGCUUGAGAUUGGAGAUAUUGUCUACAUCCGACCAACACCCGACCAGGUAUCAGGCUCUAGAGCCUCUACGGGCAAAGACCCUUAUGCCUAAGGCAACUCCAGCCACUGUACCUACACCUCCACCAGCUCCUGAGCCCAAGUCCGUGGUGGAAAGUUUGAUUGCUGCAUCUCUCGAUGCUUCCCCGAGCUCUAUCUCCGCACCUCCAGGAUCAUUAUAUGAUUCAUAUGAUGAUUUCGGGGCACUCAACAUCCACAUAGCGUAUUACAAACAGAAGUGCUUCAGGUGCUUCUCGUGGGUUCUUGGUUUGGAUGAAAGUCCAGAGAUACGAUCACAAGUGCAACCAGUAUUUCACCCCAUUUUUGGUAUGACCCUUCCCGCUGUAUGA